AUGAUAUGUGAUAAAUCACGAAUAUGUCCACAAAUGACAAUGAUGAUGCGUGAUAUCUCACGAAUAUGUCCACAAAUGACAAUGAUGAUGCGUUAUGUUUCACGAAUAUGUCCACAAAUGACAAUGAUGAUGCGUGAUAUAUCACCAUAUUAUUCUUUAUAUUCUAGAUGGGUACAAACAGGAUCUUUUUUAAGUCAUUCUCUUAUUAUAACUCUAUCAUGGAACUUAGAAGGUACACGUCUCUUAACAGGUGGAUCAACCAUUCAGUUGUGGAAAGAAAAAUCUCCGGAGGAAUUUGAAGAGGAAGCAAACAGUGUUAAGUUUAUGAUUGGUGGAUAUGAUCGUGAAAUGAAAACAGCAUCAAGUGGAACCGUUGAAGAUAACUCCACUUCAUGGGAAAAUAUAUGGAUAUGUCAAACAGCAAUUCCAAUAUAUCAUUUAGCAUUUAGUCCGGAUGGAACAUUAUUUGCAACAUGUGGUCGAAAUGACAGACUUGUGAAAAUUUGGUAUGAAAACAAACAAGUAUUAUUUCCAUCAACAAAUUCUGGAAAAAAAGCAUUUACAAAUGAUUUUGACCUUAAAUUUACAUAUGUGUACAUUGCACAUCCGCGUGCUGUAACUAAUAUAGCAUGGCGUAAGACAAGCAAGUACAUGCCAAAGGGAUCUGUUUCAAACAUGAUUGUGACAUCUUGUUUAGACAAUAUUUGCCGUAUUUGGAUUGAAACUGUAUUACCUGAUGAUGGUCUUGUUAAUAUGACCCAAUUUGAUCCUUUAGCAUCGCAAAACCCGAAGUUUAGAACUCAUCGGCACAAACAUCGUUUUAUGCAGAGGCUCAAACAUAUGAAAACUUGUUUUCAUAUAAGACGGCAUGCAAAAAUUGGAAACUCGUCUGUAAAUACUUUGGAAGAUGUUUUUCAUGGAACCAUACCAUCUCUGCCUUCGUCAUGCAGCGUUCAUGAUUUUCAUUCUUAUGGAUUUCAUGGAACUGGAAUAUCGCCUGGUAUGCAUUUUCAUUUGGCUGCAUCUAUUAAUGCUGAAACUGAUAUUCCACUGGUUCCAUCAAUGAAGUCUACAGAUCCGUCAAAUCAGAAUAUAUUUAUUCUUCAUUGGUUAAAUAAUAAAGAAAUGCAUUUUUCCAUUCAAGCUGAAGCAAUUUUGCAAGAACUAACAAAAAAAGUAAUAGACGAAGAAAACGGAAAUAUUUCUGUUAAUCACUUAUCUGAACAAUCUGAUUUUGAUAUAUGUUACAUGAAAGCGAAACAUAUCAAAACGUCAUCCAAAUCUGUGUCAGUGGAUGAUGGAAAUACAUAUGAAAAUGUAAUUAAUAGUAAACAAUCUGUUUACCAAAGUGCUCCAAGCGGUGUGCAGAGUAUAAACACUAUAUCAAAUACAACAUCUCUUAAUUCAUUGAAUAAUGAACACAGUCAUUUAGCUAAUCCAUUCCAAUCAGAUUCUUUGGAUAUGAAAAUUGAUUGUCUCUUAAAAGAUUGGCAUCAAAGCCCAGAUUUAUUGUUUUCUAUUCAUCCAGUUGACGGCAGUUAUCUUAUUUGGGUUAUAGAAUGGUUAGAUGAUUUUCAUCCGGGUUUAUUUCGGCAAGCUCAAAUAUCAUUUUCUACCAGAAUUCCUUCCGCUUUUCCACUUGGCGAUUCAAUGUCAAUGUCAACAACAGUAAAUCUAUAUAAUACGGGUUUUCAUCAAUUGGUAUUUAGAGAAAUAGGUAAUAAUGUAAAAAGCAAGAAUGUAGAUGCAAAUGAUAUAGAAAAAGCAUCCAUUAAAGAAGAAGACCAUUCUAUAAUAGAUUACAGUAAGGAUAAUAAAGCUGACUGUGAUAAAUCAAAUGAAACUAUUGGUGAACAUCAAAAUAAUAUACAAACAACAGCUUCACCAUCGGUUUCAAUGGUAACUAAACAUUCAAACGGCACGCUUAAUUUAUGGCAACUUACUUUUGGGCUUAAAACUAAAUUUACUCAGGUAUUAAGUAUUGGACAUAUUUGUCGUGCAUCUGGUCAUAGGUUUAGGGUAAAUGAUAUAACUUGUCAUCCAGGUUUGCCCUUAUUAGUCUCAACUUCUCAUCAUAAUUUGUCAGAGCCAGAAAAACAAAAUAGUUUUGAAAAUCAAUUUUUGGAAAAUCAGAACAUGUUAACUUGUUUAGGAUUUUGUUCUGAGCUCAUAUUAUGGAGAGUUGACUCUGUUGGACCAUUGUGUUACUCUGGUGGACUUAGUGAGUUGGCUAGAAUUAAUUCUCCCGAAAUUUCUGCAUUUAGUAAUGUUGCAUGGAUUCCAACAUUAUUACCUAGUACUACUUUAGGUAGUUACAGUAAUUCUCCAUCAGCAUGUUUUGUAGCUAGUGACGGAGAACAUUUACGUGUAUAUCAAGCAGUAAUUGACGCUCGAACUUUAUUAGCAGAAAUAUCUACUUCUGAAAAUGUCUUACAAAAAUCAAAUUCAUUGGCUUCACUUUAUUCCAAUGCAUCAUCAACAAUUAAAAUGCAAAAAUCGAAAUUGCAUGAUAAAAUUAAAGUAGUCUCUCAGCAAUCUACAUCUCGACCUGGUUGUAUUAUUCAAUUAGAUCCAAUUUCGGAUGCAAAGCACGAUUGGCAAAACACACAAUUUCUACAUGUUUUUCAAGAGCAAUUAAUAACAGGAGGAAAAUCUGUAACGAAAUACUUAAACAAUAGUCAGGGUCUUCUAGAAGCAGAUUUGGAUGCUAUUGUAGAUUUACAUGAAAAUAAUGAGUUUGAAGAACCAUUUUUUAUUGUUAUUAUUGAAAAAACGAUUAAGGGGAGUACAAUUCAUGUAUGGCAAAUUACAAUAUCUUCAAAAUUAGAAUCUUCGUUUUUAUCUGAAACAGCUUUGUAUGUACCUGAUAGUAAUUUAACACAAGAACUUGAAGAUAGCGAAUUAGGUUUCCGCAGAACGUCAUCAGCUAAUGCAGCAUUUGGAUUUCGGCCUUUUACUCAUUCUGAAGUUCACAUAUCAAUAAAUACAAAAAAAGUUUGUACGCAAGACCUUCCUUUGCCUGAAGGAGUUGACGUAAUUCAUGCUUCUCCAGCGGCUGGCCAUUUAAGCUCUUCUUCCAUAUAUCCAGCAUGUUAUGCGCCUUACAUAAUUGUAACAGCCUGUUCAGACUCAGUUUCUCGAUUUUGGAAAUGUGAGCCUGUAGCAGAUACAGAUAUAAAUGACACAAAUUUAUUUAUAUGGUCAGAAUGGAAAAUGAUAAGUAAACAACAAAGUUCAGCUAUAGAAAUUUCUGGUCAACCAUUAAAUAUAAGUGUUGCAUACUCGGGUCGAAUAGCUUGUGCUUAUAAAUAUGGAAAAAGCUUCACACGACCCCUAGGAGGGGAUUCUGAUUCUAGGUACAUAAAUUUAUGUGUUGCAAUUUACGAAUGUGAGAGUUCAGGCGGAAGUGAAUGGGUGCUUGAAGACACCAUAUACUUAAAAAAUAUAAACUUACCUCGAAUUAAUAUUGAUUAUGGAAUUGAUUUGAGUUACCUCUAUGAUAAUCGUUUGAUUAAAAAACGUCAUAGAUUAAAUCAAGUUUUACACACAUUAACUCAUGAUGAUACCAGGGUAGCAAAUAGUGAGGAUACCACAUCCGAAUCAUCUAUUAAAUCACCCACAGGUCUUUUAGCUGUACCAAGCUUCAGCACAUUGCAAUCAUUAAAAAAAAAUAUUGCAGAAAAUGGAAAUACUUGUCCUCUUACACAAAAACAUUUAGUUCAACUUGAUUGGGUUUCGAAAGAAGAUGGUUCACAUAUUUUGACGGUUGCAGUCGGAAGUAAAAUAUUAUUGUAUACUCCUGUUUCAUCCGAUAUCGCACAAGCAAAUAUAAAGGCCAUGAAAGAAUCGAGGUCAGUUAAUCGUCCUAUUUUGCGGAAAGCAAGCUCACUAGCACAACCAAAAUUUAAUGAAAUUCGUUGGAUGAAACUGCGGCAAAUUGAUUUACAAACAGCUGAUGGUCUUCCCCCGCUACCUAUGCAAAUAUCAUGGGUACGUGAUGGAAUUUUAGUUGUGGCUAUGGAUUCAGAAAUGCAUGUUUAUUCGCAGUGGAAACCACGAAAUGCCAAAAUAAAUACUACUAACGAUACUGUAGAUAGUAGAAAUAUAUGCGACGAUGACUUAAGGUCAUUAGUUUCAGAUUCUACUCAUAUACGGAUUAAAACUCCAUCUACCAUAGCUUUAAUAAAUAAAGCUAGUACUACGAACUUGAAAUUGCUUUCUGGUGAUAAAAAGAAAAAGUUUGGUAACACCAGUUUUGGUAAUAUAGUCUGUAGUUCUGAUAACAUACCAAGCGAAGAUUAUAUGACCGACUUUGGGCUUUUCCAAGCAUCUAGAAUUGCUUGCCCAGUGUUGCCACAAUAUCAUCCUAAACAGUUAAUGGAACUUUUAAAUUGUGGAAAAAUCAGAUGGGUGAAAGCUAUUUUAGCUCAUCUUGUUCGGUGUAUGAGUGGAACAAAUAAUGAUAAAAUGGAAUCUGAACGUCAGCGGUCUUGGUCCAGAACUCGAACAUUAUCUAUAAGUUAUGCCAGUGAUGGAAGUUUGCAAACUGAACAUAGAAACUCAACUACGCAGGUAAACUUCAAUAUAUGAAGGUUUUGCAUAUUCUGAUUCUGUUCUCUGCAUUUACAUAUAUUAUUUACAUAAAUUUAUUUUUUAACAAUAUAUAUUUAACAAAAUACUGAUUUCAAAUUUGCAACUAUUUUAAAAAAUUGUCUGAUAUCAUAUUUAUAUUAAAAAUCAAUUUACACUU